AUGUUCAAUUAUGUCAAACUCUUGAAAGUUAUUCUCACCAAUCGAAGAAAAUUUGAAGAAUUCAAGGUGGUAGCAUUGAAUGAAGAGCGUAGUGCAUUAUUGCAAAAUAAGGUCCCGCUAAACGAGAAAUAUCUCGACUCAUUUACAAUUCCAAUAUCAACUAAAGGAAAGAAGUUAGGUCAAGCAUUAUGUGAUUUGGGAUCAAGCAUUAAUCUAAUGUCGUUGUCUAUUUACCAAAAGUUAGGUUUUGGUGAAGCUAGAUCAACUAAAGCUAUCCUCCAACCAACAGAUCGAUCUUUCACUCAUCUAAAAGCCAAAAUCGAAAUGGACAAGUUCAUAUUUUCAUCAGAUUUUAUCAUUUUGGAUUAUGAAGCAAACCAUGAUGUACCAAUUAUCUUGGAGAGACCAUUUUUGAAAACCGAAUAG